CGGCGCUGCGCGCUUAGCUGCGGGGCUCGGCCGCCCCUUCCCCACCGACCGGCGGCGGCGCUCCGGGGGCACCGGAGGCCUCAGCACGGAGCGCUCAGUUCCUAUGAAGAAAACCAUCAGCGGUGAUGCUACAGGACAGGUCUCACAUGAGGGGCCACCAUAUGAAGGGCAGCUCUCCACUUCUGUAGCUGAUGGCAUCACCACCACUGCCAGGCCAGACCCAGGGACAACUCUGGAUGUGACUGUACCAGAAACAGCUACCGUAAGCCCUGAGACUACCAGUUUCAACAGCACCAAAAUCCCAGAUGUGACCAGCACUGGACCCGGCCUGAGCACAAUGCUGCUGUCCUUUGGGAUCAUAACUGUGAUUGGGUUGGCUGUAGCUAUGGUUCUGUAUAUCAGGAAGAGGAAGAGGUUGGAGAAGCUCCGGCACCAGCUCAUGCCCAUGUACAACUUUGAUCCCACUGAGGAACAGGAUGAACUGGAGCAGGAGCUGCUGGAACAUGGGCGAGAUGCAGCAUCUUCCCAGGCAUCACAGAGCAAGAUUCUGCUGACAAGUCAAGGAGCCCUCCAGAGACCCAGCCGGCUUGUGUUCGCAGACGUUGCCAAUGCCAUCAAUGCAUGAACAGUACCUGCCCUGCUCUGGGAUCGUGCUGAGACUGGGGAGGAUGAAGCCAACAAACCAGUGACUUCCCACAAGCAUGGCCGGCCCACUGAGCCCAGCUGGUCACCCCUUUGGUUUGUGUUACAAAUGGGCACAAGCACUGUAGUCACUUUGGGAAGCAAACCCUGUGUGAUGGCACCGGUGGUUUUUUGGUGUGUCUGUUACCACUAAAAGGUCCUGAGUUCCAGUUUCUGGGCUGGUGCUGGCUGAUACCAUCUACCAAGCUGUGUGCUUAGGAACAGCGCCUGCUUUGUUGUAGGUUAACUUUUCAGAGCACACAGGUGCACUUUCUGGGUUAGGGAAGGAAGGGAGGUGCCCGUUUCAGAGAGUUUCCCUGUUGGUUUUGUGCCACCAGACCCCAAGGAAAGUGAUGAAUGA